CCCGGUUUCAGUUGGUCGGCAGAACCGAACCGGAGCAGAUCGCGGUGGCUGACGCUCGUGUCUCACACCCGGCAAGUGCCAUCUAGGUAACACGCGAGCCAGUUUAAUCAGUGGCAGUUGCGGCACCGGUAGAUUACAGCGCAUUGUAGUGCAUCGUGGUCCACCGUUACUGAUAGUGAGCGUUAGAUUUUGUUGGAAAGUUUGCUGUCGUUAAAAUAGGAUGCGAUUGUUCCAACCUGUACCGGACCUGUGGGCGUAUGUCAGCAGCUAAAAUUACACCGCGUUAGAAACACUCAAAUACAAAUCAUUUCCUAUCGCGUCCACGGUGCUGCACACUUGCAUUGAACUGGGAAAAUCGGAAGCCCAUACGGCUAAGAAUAACCAGGUUCACACUGGUUUCUUUUCGGUUCACUUGUGUCUCGCAGCUCGUCUCGCUGGCCUCUAUGUUUGUGUGUUUAUGUGUGCCGUAUGUUUGAGCGUGCUUUUAAAAUCGAUCGACCGAGUAUUAGUCUGGGGAAAGUUGAUGCGUAGGGUGAGCGGCGGUAAAAGAAAAUAAAACCCACCCGAAAAAGCCGCAGUCAGGCACGCACUCACUUUGGGCUUGUAAAUUGUCCAGCCCCGAAAAAGGACUGUUGUAAACGUCUCAUUAGCGAUAAAGGAAAAUGGCCGGCGUUCUGUUCGUCGUCCACAUUCCUUCCGCCCGGUAUGAGCGGGAGCUGCGACGGAAGGAACAGGAGCGUCUAGCGAAAUCGACCACCGCAACGACGGAAGAUGAGAAGGAUGGGGAAAAAUUGAACGGCAAGUCGGAGGAAACGCAACCGUUCGUUACACCACAGCCGAAGAAACCCGUUUCGAAGAUCCCUCGAUCCAGCAUCAUAACCGCGCCGGAUGACGACGACAGGGUGGCGGGGGAUGCUGGUGCCGCACCGACCAUAAAGUUUAUCGACCAAGACGGCGAAGAAAUUCCGGGAAAGCCGGGCGAUGACGACGAGCCCAAGGAUGACGACAAGGAUGGCGACGAGAAGGGCAAAGACAAGAAGUCGAACUUUCUCGCCGAACCGUUCGAUCGUGCGUCGGCCCUACGCAAGUCCUGGGACGGUUUCAGGGAUCUGCUCGGAUCGGCACGGAAGGAGAAGACAGCUCGCGAGGAGGCGGCCGAGAAGCUGACGCUGACCGGCAACUCGUCGAUGGAGGAGGUCCUGAAGACGAUCAUCAACGAGAAACGCCUUCAUACCGCUGCCUGGAUCGAAACGGACCAGGGAAAUGGUUUUCAUAUCAUGUUCUCCAUCGAGUCUGGACCGAUUUGCGAUGAUGUCAUCUAUAUGCUGAGUUCGUGGGGCGUUGGCCAACGGUUUAACUCGACCAUCUCGAUCACCUCCUGCACACUGUACAGCCAACCGCCGGUCGUGGAAGAACAGCAGGAAGAAGCGGGAGGCGAAGUAAAUAAAAAUAAUGACGGAAGCGCAUGGAACACGUUCCUUUCCACCGUUCGUGCCCGAUUAAAUGUGGCGCAAAUUGUGGAAGAAGUAAAACACGAUGCUCAAGUAUCGUUCGAUUUCGUGUCCAUGCUUGCGGUUGCCAGUAUUCUGGCUGCGUUCGGACUGGUCGAAGACAGUUCGGUGUUUCUCAUCGCCAGUAUGCUCGUCUCACCGCUCAUGGGACCAAUCAUUGCCAUUAUCUUCGGAACCGUGGUCAAGGAGCGCCAGUUGCAGUUGAUUGGGUUGAAAAAUGAAAUCAUUGGCAUCAUGCUCACGGUGACGGUGGGCUUCGUUUUCGGGCUGAUCGUUUGCAGUAUCGACGACCGGUACAGCGUGGGCGAGGGUAUAACGCACGAGAUGCUGGCCCGAUGCGAAACCCAUUCGUUGUUGGUCGGUAUUGCUAUCGCACUGCCUUCCGGUGCAGCCGUCGCUAUUGCAAUUCUGGGUGAAAAUAUCGGGUCACUGGUCGGUGUGGCCAUUUCGGCUUCACUGUUGCCACCGGCUGUCAAUGCGGGAGUCCUUUGGGCACUUUCAUGUUUGUACUUCCUAUUCGGCUCGGAAGAGUCCCGCUACGGUACACUAAUCAAAACGCAGAUUUACUCCGAAAACCAAGGCUUGGAGCUGUUCACCCUCGGGUGCAUGAGCAUCUCGCUGACCCUACUCAACAUUAUGUGCAUCUACCUGGGAGGAGUCAUGUUCCUAAUUAUCAAAGAGGUAGCCCCGGUGGUGCCGAAGGAUCAGAAACAGUUCUGGAAGCACGAUAUCAAAAUUGCGCGUGACUACAACCGCACGCUGCACACGAACGAUGGGCUAUCGAUGAGCAAACAGCUGAUCCAUGAGCUGACAACAUUGCAUCACAACAACGACACCACGACCGGUGGCCUGCGUAGUGAUUAUCUGCUGAAUUCGGCCUCGAAGGCUGGUCACCAGAAUACUUGGUCACCGCGGCACAACUACCAUCAGCGCGAUCACCGUCCGACGAUCCAGGAACUGGAGGCACUCUACCUCAGUCUGUCGGCCAACACGACCGAGAACCAGUUCCACCAUUCGGCCCAUCACGGUGGACUGAACUAUAUGAACUUCGAUCGUUUCGCCACCUCACCUACGCAGCAUCGGCGCAUGAAUCCUCCGAGUCACGGUGGCAUUUCGCGCGGUCGCUUCGGUGAAUCGCUGCGCGGUACCUCCGGUCCGCUUUCGAAGAUCCUGGAAGAUGUGGCCGCCGGUACGUCGGGUGCCAAAGCCGAGGGAGGCCAUGGGCAGGCGCACGGUGAACGUGGUGGCCGUACCACCCGGAGCUAUGGGCUUCCGAGCUUCAAGCGAAGCUCCAAAAAGUUCACCGUAACACCGGCGUACGAUCCGAUCCAGAAGGAGUAGGAACCAACCCGUGUAUGCCAUCGUUUCGGUGUGUGAAGAGUCUUCUGUAUCUUCCUUAGGUCACGCUGUGUCGGGGUCCGUGAAGAAAGCAAACAAAACACUACAGCUCGACACGGACCCACGGGCAGGUGUCUAUUUUAAAUAUGAUCUAAAAUGCACUUAGUUAUCGGCAGCUCGUAGAAUGAGGCUUCCGGUCGCCAAGGGACAACCAUGGCCCUACCGUUAUACAUCAUAUGGCGAGCUCCAGCGAGUUCGCGCAGUUUAAUUUCUCGAUUGUAAGCGUUUUGUAAAUUAUCGUAUUUGUUUUCCUUCCUCUUGCGUUACCCUUUUCUCCUCGUUUCGUGUUCGCCCCGUUCCGUCUGAUGUUGUUCAGUGCACAGUUGUAAAUAUUCGUGUGUGCGUGCUUGAACACGGUUUAGCAAGUAAGAAGUGUUGCCAACAAUGCCUAGUCUUGUGGUGCCUUCAGGUCCCGGAAAGGUGCCAGGAAGGUACCAGGUGCUACUGUGAUGCACCCGUUGCUGCGUCCGCCCCCUGCUGCCCAGCCCACACCGUUUAAGGAUAUGAAUGUACUUAAUUGAGGAUGUGUUGCUUCUCGGGCUGGGCAAGGUAAAGCGAACGUGGUAUAGGUUUUAAGGAAAAGCAAACAUUGGGGAAGUAUAGAAGGACCUGCGUCGUCCAAAGUCUCGUUGAGGCAACAUGCUUUUUGUAUACGAAAAUUGCAAUAAACGAAAAACUAAUGUUGCAAAGAGUCCAAA